AUGGCGGAUGAAGAAGGGAAAGAAAAUGCUCCCAAAGAGUGGGAGGUCGUGUCACUCACUGCAUCAGCUUAUGCUGCUGCCCCUGGACCCAAAGAGCUCGACUCUACCCAAGGAAACCCGGAUAAGUUAGACUCAAAGCACGAGGCUGAAUCUUCUAGCCCCUUGUUCAUGUCCAGACACUUUGUCUUUCCUCCUAGCCAGCACGAAAAUUUGCCUCUCGAACCCGAAUUUAUUGUUCCUCAGUUGGAUAGAGAAGGAGAUGUUGAAUCAGAAGUGAUGGACGAUGAAGAUCCCCAUUUUGAUGAUAAAGAUGUGACCUUUGAGAAUGCACAGAGCAUUUGCAGCUACGAGGAGGGGCUUUGUAACGAGGAGGGUGAGGGGACUGGUGAUUCGGACGAUCCUCCCGAUAGUGCCUUGGGUUCGGGCCCGCAAGAUAUACAGAAGCCCGUGGAGGAAGACGAACAUGAUGAUGACGGCAUUCCUAGCAUAGCUUGGUGGAAAAGAAGGGCUGUUUCUCUGUAUGCCCAUGCGAAAGAAGCGAAUACGUUUUGGUCGGUUUUUAUUGCGGCAGCUAUCAUGGGGCUCGUCGUUAUCGGUCACAGGUGGCAGCAGGAGAGUUGGAAGGUUUUGCACUUGAAGAGGCAGUUUGGUAUUAGUGAUGAGAGGCUCGGCAGGAUGCUGGGCCCCAUGACUCGAUUCAAAGAUGUGAUUGUGGGUGGCCACCGGCGAGGCUCGCUCGUCAGAGGAGGCACCUCAACCGAACACUAG